GUCUUCUUGGAGCAGAAGAUGAGUUCACGUGGUGGUCUUCUGGAGAGGAUAGCGGCUAGAGCCGGUUUCAAUGCCCCGAGGUUGAAUACAGAAAGUAUCCGGCCAGCUGACCUUUCUCAAAACCCGGAUGUUCGGUCUCCUUAUCUGACAAUUCCUCCAGGUGUCAGCCCAACAAGUCUGCUAGAAUCUCCUGUCUUCCUAGCUAAUAAUUCACUGGUCCAGCCAUCUCCAACAACUGGGAAAUUUUCAUUUCUCCCAAGCAACAUAGGAAACUCGAUGUUGAUGGCAGGCAAUCUCGAUAAGGGCAAAGAAAAUACUUUCGAAGAUUUGAAUGCCUCAUCAUUUGCAUUUCAGCCUGUCAUGGAAUCUGGUUCCUCGUUUCAUUUUGGUGCCGCAAGCAAAGUAAAUCCUUCAAGUCUUUCUCAAUAUUCGGAAAACUCACUUCUGCCUCAAAGUGUAGAACCCCUGAAAGUUCACUCUCAGAACGGUACACUUUUUCAGCAGAUUGAUCUCUCUAAUUCAUCUGCCAAGAACACCCACGACAUCUCAACUGAGCCAGUGUCUUUCGGUACAAUUGGCAGCACCAUGGAGCAUUCUCCACUGUUUGAUGACCCACAAGAGGAUGAUGCUGAUCAAAGAAGCAACGAUGAUCCCAAUGUUGGCAGUGGUCCAGCUGACGACGGUUAUAAUUGGAGAAAAUAUGGGCAGAAACAGGUAAAAGGAAGUGAUUAUCCUCGGAGUUAUUACAAAUGCACACAUCCAAAUUGUCCCAUCAAGAAGAAAGUGGAACGCUCCCCCGAGGGUCAUAUUACAGAGAUAAUUUAUAAGGGAGCCCAUAAUCACCCAAAACCUCCACCCAGUCGGAGAUCAGCUGUUGGAUCCUUGAGUGCACUUGGCGAUGUUCAGCUUGACACAACUGAGCAACCAGGAACUGGUGCUAAUGGUGAUCCUGUCUGGUCAAACGUGCAAAAUGGAACCCCCGAUUGGAGAUGGGAAAAUCCGGACUUGACACCGUCAGCGGCUUUGGGCCAAGAACAUGGCAACGGAACUACCUCUUUUCUAGCUCAAGUCAGCACUCAGUUUGAGUCUGGCAAUGCUGCGCAAGGGUCUUCUACUUUCUCGAAUGAUGAAGAGGAAGAUGAUCGUGAAACGCAUGGCAGUGUAUCAUUGGGCGAUGAUGGUGAAGAAGAUGAAUCAGAGUCAAAACGAAGGAAAAUCGAAACUUUCCCUUCAGACAUGAGUGGGGCUACUAGAGCCAUCCGGGAGCCUAGGGUCGUAGUGCAAACAACCAGUGAGGUAGACAUCCUUGAUGAUGGGUAUCGCUGGCGCAAAUAUGGGCAGAAAGUUGUGAAAGGAAAUCCAAAUCCAAGGAGUUACUAUAAGUGCACAAGCGCAGGCUGCACCGUCAGGAAGCACGUCGAGAGAGCUUCACAUGACCUGAAAUCAGUGAUAACAACGUACGAGGGAAAACACAACCAUGAUGUUCCUGCACCUCGCAACAGCAGUCAUGUUAAUUCUGGAGCUUCAAACACCCGUCCAAACCAAGCUUCGACUGCUUCUCAGAGUCAAAUACAUAGACCCGAGCCAGCUCGACUUCAUAGCAGCCUUGGACGGUUUGAAAGACCUUCGCUUGGCUCAUUUGGCCUUCCUGGGAGGCCGCAUCUUGGAUCUAAUCCAAACUUUGGACUUGGAAUGAAUCAGACCGGGCUAGCCAAUCUGGCAAUGGCAGGAUUUGAGCCUAACCAAGGCAGGUUACCCGUACUUCCAAUGCAUCCGUAUUUAGGACAACUGCGCCCAUUGAGUGACACAGGUUUCAUGCUGCCAAAAGAAGAACCGAAAGUGGAGCCGGAGACCGACUCUGGUUUGAAUGUCUACGGUGGCUCAUCAGUCUAUCAUCAGAUUAUGAGUCGAUUGCCCCUUUGACUACCAAUGUAAAUUUUUGUCCUCUUAAGAAAGUGUUACUUGUCUACGCUAAAGAAAAUAGAGAUUUUAACUUAAUAUUUAAAUGGGUUUUUUUACAUUGGGGCUGCUUCUAACUAUUCAUUCUCUUCCUUUGUGAACAAUCACAGAUAGGAUUUCAUAUUCACCAUACUUAUGAGUAAACUUUUGUCUCCCUAAGGAGCAGAAUUUCAUUC